AUGGCUCUGAGUCGGCCAAGGAACCCUGCCUUGCGCUACGAAGACGACGGCGAGUGUUGGAUAGCUUUCGCCCAGCUGCAGACGACACUCGCUCAACGAAAGUUGGAGUUGGCAUAUGUCCGUGCGGAGAUCAACAACGCAAGACGAAAAAGGAAGCGCGCGGAGGAAAGGUGUAACGAGAUUGGACUCCUGGUGCUGUCGGCGACUCGCGAGAGAGAAAUGUGGGAGUACCCACGACCACCCUCUUGGUAUGAGACCACUCUUCCUAGCCUACCGCAGUCUUUCUUCAAGGCGAACUUUCGUGUCUCACGAGCGAAAUUCUCGUACGUCGUGAGCGCGUGCUCGAGAAUGCAGCAGGAAGACACCAACAUGCGACCAGCGAUACCGCUGCCCAAACGUGUCGCCAUUGGGAUGUAUAGGUUGGCUACCUCUGCGGAAGAUAGGACCGUUGGGAACCUUUUCGGAGUGAGCCGCUCGUUUGUGAGCAUGAUAUUCAGGGGGUUUUGUGACGUCAUCCUCAGCGAGCUGGAGCCACGCUUCGUCAGAUUCCCCAAGCCCGAUCAUUUGGAAGACCAUAUGCAGCGUUUUACUGCAGUCACCGAAUUUCCACAAGGAGUCGGAGCACUGGACGGUUGUCACAUCGAAAUAUGCCCCCCGAAAGAAUAUGCAGACGACUGCCACAAUUAUAAAGGCUGGUACAGCAUGAUCCUCCUGGCAGUCGUCGACCACAAUGACAUGUUUUUAUACGUUAAUGUUGGAUCACCUGGACGCAACCACGAUUCUGCAGUGUUUCGCAAGUCGAUACUGCCAGCUUUAAUAGCGAGCGACCUUUUCAAGGUCGGAACCAAGCAGAUUGCUGGUUGUGACGUGGGUCCCAUCAUCCUGUGUGAUCAGGCAUUUCCUCUGGACACGCACCUGAUGAAGCCCUACCCAUACAGUUCAGCAGUUGACGAAAGGCAGCAGGCUUUCAAUAGUUGUUUGUCGGGUGCCCGCCGAGUAGUUGAAAAUGUCUUUGGAAAGAUGAAGGCUCGUUACCCCGAAUAG